AUGACAGAAAAGCCCCAGCCAGUGUCGACGCAGCUCGCGACUCCUAGUCAGACCCUCUUCGCUCCCCCGAGUGUACCAGUCUCAACCCACGAUGUUCCACGGAAGGUCGAGACAGUAGAGGAAGAAGAGCCCUACACUAUCAAGUGUAUUUGCCACUUCUCUGAUGAUGACGGAAACACGAUUUACUGCGAGACAUGCGACACCUGGCAGCACAUUGAGUGCUUCUACCCCAAUAGCCGCGAGGAGGCUCUCCGUGAGGACUUUGCCCAUUCUCCAGCUACCACGCCCCCAGAUCUUCCGAGUGAUUUUCAAAUACACAACUACUCCGACGGGUUUUUGAACCUCACCAAGAAGGAGGUCGACGCCCCAGAGGUUGAAACAAAUUCCUUUGCUAGCCUCAACAUCUCCAACACCAUGUCCAUCUGGCUCCGCGAGCCCGAACGAAUGAGACAAGAAACUGGCGAAGAAUUCAACGACGUCUUCGCCAAACUUCCUGCCGAUAUCGAGUCACGGAAACGUCCGCUGCAAGUUGAGAGCAAGAAGCUCUCACUUGGACCCGACACGGUUCUGCCUUGGCAAUAUCUGGCAACUCCCGCGGCUAUCGAAAAAGACGUGCCUUUGAUUGAGCUCAACGGCCAAAUAGGAUUUCAGAAGGACUACUGCGCGGACCCAGCCAACCUUUGGGAGGAGUUGUCCUCCCCUCUGCCGUUCGUAUUUUUCCACCCGAUGCUUCCGCUUUACAUCGACACCAGGCGAGAGGGAUCGAAGGCCCGGUUUGUCCGCAGAAGUUGCAAGCCAAACGCUGUCUUGGACACGUACCUGAACGGUCAAUCGGAAUACCACUUUUGGCUCGUGAGCGAUCGCUACAUCGCAGCGAAUGAGCAAAUCACCUUGCCGUGGGACUUCAGACUUCCGAAGAAGGAAAAGGCACGUAUUCUCCACCUCCUUGGACUGGGCGACGACGACACACGCGCGAGCGACGAACCUGAUAUGAACGACGUUGAGUACCAGCGGAUUUCCGGUUGGGUCUAUCGAAUUCUCUCGGAAUACGGUGGAUGUGCUUGCGACUUGGGUGCCAACUGUGCUUUCGCCCGUUUCCACCGCCAUUACCACGCAAAGAUGCAGUCUCGACCUAUUGCCCCAAAGAAGAAGAGGAAGGCCAAGACACAUACUAUCUCCCCAACAAGCACUGGUCACGCUACAAAUAGCCGAGCGGCUAGUGAAGGUCAUCAAGACGACCCCGAGGCUGAUGGCAAGUCGGUCUCCGAACGCAGCAAACCUCCUAGCCGAGACCGUACCCCCGCACGCCAGGGCUCACUGGAUCGACCGGGCAUACUCACCGAGCCUACAGACAGGGACAAGAGGAAGGUCCAGAUGGUAGAAGAUUCAUUCCGUCGACUCGAGCAACAACCGCCCCGCAAGAAGAAGCGUACUUCUGAUGGAACCGGAUCGACCAAGUCGAAGCAGAAGUCCACCACCAGCAAUGCCUCGACGGGCACGGGCAACUACGUGGACGCUGGCACUUCACGCAGCAAGUCAAAUUCACCUGUCAAUGGGGCGUCCCCUCCGGGGCAAAACCCCUUCAAGACACCUGCAUCCCGAAACGGGUCCGUCGCGACACAGUCGGGACAGCCUUCGACGACACCAAUGGACAUCGAUUCUACGGCGGACCAGAAAGCAACAUCAGUCAGCUCACCCACACCAUCGAAGGAUACCAAUGAGCAAGGGCCCAACAGUUCUCCUCUGGCCCCAUCAGCCAGUGACAUUCCCAUGACUGAUGCGCCAACAAGCUCGCCAUCUGCAGCAAAGUCACCAGUCCAAGCCGAGCCAACUGCUGAUGUCCAAGUCAAUGGAGCCAGUAGCCCACUGAAAACCAAGUCGCCUGAGCUCAGGGUACAAAUGCCACCAGUUCCGGCGUUCAACGGACCCACAACAGGACCAGCGAGCGCGACAACGCCCUCUUCGGCCAGCACCACGGUGCAGUCGCCUUUCUCCACGGGCACCCUUCCCAGCCCAUUUGCACCUUCAGUUGUCAACGGCGUCGCGGCACACCCGAGCCCAGCCAAGAAGAAGCUGAGCCUGAGCGAUUACACCAAGAGUCGAAUGAACAAGAAGCCAGCUGGCGGACUAAAGACGUCGCUAGCGGGAACCGAAGAGUCCAAGCCAAAUAUGGACUCCAUUGUUGGUUCGCCAGCGACGGAGAAGAGCGCUGAGACCCUGCCACCUGUUCAGGGCAAAGCGGUCAACUCUAUUCCGGCAGUGGCGGCAGCGAACAAUUCCUUGUAA